AUGACUAACACAAUAAAUUCACAUCAAAAUCUUAAUGUUAAAAAUAUAACUAGUUUAUUUGAAGAAGUUCAAAAUCGUUAUAUUAACAAAUUAAUAAGUAUUGAUGAAAAAAAAAUUACAACUAAUGAACGAAAUAAACAAAAAAUAGUUAUUUAUGAAAGUUAUGUAAAAGAUUUAUCAACACAAACACGUUUACUUUUACAAAGUCUUGAAGAACUCGAAAAAGAAGCUAAGCAACGUGUAGGAUUACUUGAAAAUAAACUCAAAAAAGCCAAUGCAUCAUUACAACAUUAUCAUUCAUUAUCCGACUUAAAUAAAACAACCAAUAAUUUCGAAACAGAAAAAUGGAAAUUAGUUCAUGAAACUCUUGAUCUUAAACAAGAUCUUGAUUCAUUAACAUCAUUUAUUAAUAUAGCUAAACGUACAGGAAAAUGGGAUACAGAUCGACUUCAAUUAAAAACUCUUCCACUUGAUUCUAUAUUUGGUAUAACAAAUGAUGAUACUCAUAUAUCAAAUCCAUUACAUAAAGAAAUUCAAUAUCGUGAUGAACGUAUACAAGUUUUACAAGCUGAAAUAGAAUAUCUUAGAAAAAUGCAAAAUGAUUUAUCGAAACAAACAUUAAAUCUUAAUUCAUCAACGAGUGAAAAUGAAUUAAAAGGACAAAAUAUUAUUCUUACAAAAAAAGUUGAUGAUCUUCGAUCGAAAUUUGCUGAAGAAUGUCAAAAAGCUGAAACAUAUAAAAUGGAUAUACGUCUUAAAUCGAAUCAAUUAAAAGAACUUCAACAAGAAUUAAAUCUUAAAAAAACAUAUUAUGAAGGACAUAUAAAUGAUUUAUCAACAAAAUUAAAAACUAUUUCUGAUCGUCAUCAAGAAACAACAACAAUUUUAAAUAAUGAACUUGCAGUAAAAAACCAACAAGUUGAACAAUUAACACAACAAAUUGAACAAGUUAUUAAUGAAAAAAUUUCAUUUGAAAAUGAACGAAAUGAUUUAGAAAGACAGUGUCGUGUAAAAGAUUCAAUGACAGCUGAUCUCGAAUCACAAAUUCGUAAUUUAGAACGACAAUUAACAGUAAAUAAUCAUCUAAUUAUUCCUAUAGAACCAACUGUAUCAAAAGUUGAUUAUGAAAAACUUGAUCAAGAAUUAAAUUUAACACGAAAACGACUCGAUGGAAUUAUGACUGAAAUUAAAACAAAAGAUGCAUUGAAUAGUAAACUUGAACAAGAUCUUCAUUUAUUAAAAAUAUUUCACGAUGAACAGUUAGAACAACAUAUUCAAAUUGCUGCAUCAGAUGUUGAACAAUUACGUACAGAAAUUCGAACAUUAAAAAAUCUUUGUGAAGAAAAAGCAGAUGAAAAAAUAUCAAGAUCAGAUUAUGUUGAAUAA